AUGUCGUGCUUGAUUGGGCCUAAGAAUACAAUCACGAUUGAAGAAACAAUGUCUACCUUGAAGGGCGACUAUGAUCGCCACAUGGCGGACUGGAGCAGGCCAAACAGCGACAAGGCGAGAAUGCUCAGAGGCGCCGAAAACGCAGCCGACUGCGCCCUGAAUAUCAUUCCGCUGCGCCAACGUGACUGGCCGAGGGAGGCACAGUUUCGGCGCUUGCGGGCUCAUGUGUACACUCUGCAAAAUAAGAUGCGCAAAGCUGAGGCGGACACGGCCAGGGCUGAAGAGGUUGAGAAGAGGAUCAAGGAGCGCGAGGAAGCUGGUGAAACGUUGGUGAAGGAUGUUGUGGGCAGCUAG